CUGUAGCUCAGAACGUCUGUAGACUGAAACUAAACAUCACUGGUGGGCUUUAGAAAGGCUGCCUGGACCAUUGGCUAGUACCCACUGAUUAGGAUAUGACAGAUUUUUUGAGAAAUGCCGGACUCACAUAUAACAGGGGGUAAUUCGAAGGGGGUUUGCGGCCCUUUUCCUCGGUCGGUAUGGACACAUCCCUAUUCUCCUGCAGAUGAUUUGGACAGACUGUGCGCAGAGAUAUGGAAAAGAGCCGAGCAGACUAAGAAGGGCGUGUGGUCGUUCUUACUUGAUAACAACAGGCUUUUCAGUAAUGACACAACAGCAGAGACAGCCAGUGGAUUGGAAAGAGUGGUCAAGCCACGGGACCUGGACGAGGUGUCCCUCAUGAUCCGCAGAGAGCACCAGAUCCUGCUGCGUGAGCACGGCACGGUUGCCCCUAGCGCCCCUGCCCCUGGCGAUAGCUGUUCCCACGGCGACGAGAUGCCAGCGUGCGCUAAGGAGGCGGACGCGGCGGCAUCAGGGAGGAAGGAGGAGGUGCAGGAGGAGGAGGAAGUGAUGUCGCAGGAGGAGCAGCAGUGCAGGUCAAUUGAGAAGUUCCUCAAAGGUUUUCUGAUCCAGAAGAAGAUUGUGAAGAAGGCGCCUCCGCUGUCAGAGGAAGACUUCCCCCCACUGCCCAGUGCUGCCGUCCCCUGGGAUAGUCCCUCAGAUGGUGAACGUACCCACGGCGGCCCAGCUUGCUGCCCUGGUGAUGCCCUACGGCCUGUUGCCCCAGGGGUGCCAGGGGGUGCCCAGCGUGCCCCUCCACAUGCCCCAGAGGCCCAGCGAACACCCCAGCAUGGCAGGAGACGGACAGCCUUGGCACUGCCUACCCCUGCACAGUCUCUCCAGGCUGCACAGUUGACCCCAGGGAUGUUU